AUAGCACACGGCCACAUGGGAUUGCCAACUUUAGUGGUUGUGUCCUUGUUUACCAAUUAUCGGCCUUGUGUCACUCGGCCGAUGCAAGACCGUGGCUCUUACCUCUGACAUGGCUCCGUUGGUCGCUGCUGAACUGUCAAUCCCGUUGGUUAAACUAUCAAUCUCCUCAAGCAACAGCGACACGCUAAAUCGGUUUUGAUGCCGCACGGUAGGCUUGAAUGGCUUUGUGGUGGAAAGUGUGCCAAUGUACGAAGGCUUUUGCGGCGAACGUCCUAGCAGAAUAUUCAACCCGGCGAGCAUCAGUAAAAAGGUGCGGUGUUUAAAAAAGAGAGAGUAUUCACAGAACAGAGAGACAGGAGGGCAGGGCACAGCAGUCGCUGCUGUGCCGAUAGAGCUGUUCUGCAUCGUUCCCGGGGCGGCGGAGACGAGCAACACUAACUCCCCCUGCGCCUUCGGCGGUGGCCAGAGCAACAAACGGCAUCAGCAUGCAAGGAGCGCGGGAGUGGCAUGGCACCCUUGUGCCUGGAAUCACCACCAUCGGCUGUCAGCCAAGGUGCCCGAUACAAGAGGGAUAGCAAUACGGCGGGCGAACAAUGCAGAACCACGCAGGCCAUAUAAAGACCAGAAUCGCCGGAUGCCGAAUCCGUCAUGCCAGUUAGCAAACAAUCCCCUCAGAAUGUACAAUUUUUCUCGUUCGGCCACGUCUACCACUGCCAGCAGCAGAGAGCUCUGAGACAGAAAGCUGCUGUAUGCAGGAUGGCUGCGAGGGGAGGUAGAGAGAUAGGGCGACAGGUAUUCAAAAUAACUUUCUUCUCUGGGAAACGAGUGGCGCCCUGCCCAGGCAUUGAAAAAGCGCUUUUCGUCCCAGAGCAAACGGCCUUCAACACUGACUAUGCAGCAUGAGC